AGAGAAUAUAUGCGUAAUGACGUCAUGAAAAUGUGUGUAGCCUGGAAAUUGUGUCAAUCAAAACAAUAAUUAAUCACUAUAAUACGGGUAAUAAUACAUAAUUCGCCCUGAUCAGGGCCCAAAUAUUCUUCAACAUGUCGAAGAGUUCCAAGUCUUCGCUAAGGAAUGAUUCCGGAGUUGUUGAAGUAAAGAGCAAGUUUGAUGCAGAAUUUCGACGAUUUUCUGUGGACCGUGGAAGACAGACAAAAUUUGCAGAUUUCAAGGAGACUGUUGAACGUAUUCACUUUCUUAAGGACCAUCCAUUCACAAUAACAUACACCGACAUCCAUGGGGACCUACUGCCUAUCAACAAUGAUGAUAACUUUAACCUCGCCAUCUUUACUGCUAAGCCUGCUCUUAGAAUAAAUGUACAAAAGAAAGGAGAGAGCUAUGGUGAGUUGAAUGGUUAUGGCACGGUUCAGAAGAGGAAGAAGCCUCUCACCAAAAUCCUGAGUAGCGACUCCGGCUCUCCACGGGCCCGUAUUCCCAUCGGCCUUCCUGAGGACUUUCGCCGGGUCUCUGCCAUCAUUGAUGUUGACGUUGUGCCUGAAACCCAUCGGAGGGUGAAACUGAUGAAAAAUGGGUCCGAUAAGCCCUUAGGCUUUUACAUUCGUGAUGGCACCAGUGUUCGCGUUACCCCACAGGGUCUUGAUAAAGUGCCAGGCAUUUAUAUUUCGCGUUUAGUUCCAGGAGGUUUGGCAGAGAGUACAGGUUUGUUGGCUGUGAAUGAUGAGGUGCUUGAGGUGAACGGCAUUGAAGUUCACGGCAAAACCCUUGACCAGGUCACGGACAUGAUGGUGGCCAAUAGUUCAAACCUGAUUAUUACUGUGAAACCCGUGAAUCAAAGACUUACACUGGCGCCACAGCGAGGCGGAGUGGGCAGGUACUCCCAGAUGUCGCAGGCUUCCCACUUAACAAACACGUCUGGUCACUCCAGGCAGUCUUCCAAAUCUUAUGACUCUGACAUGAUUCCAGAACAAGAUGAUGAGGACGAAGUUCAAGACUAUUUAAAUAAGAGUUCAUCAAAAAGUGACCAAAGUAGCAGAAGUGAUAAGUCAGAGAGGAGUCGGGUUAGUGACCCAGCUGAAAAAUUGACACAGGUGGAGAAAUUGAACAAAAGUGAUAGAAGUUACCAUAGUAACCGGAGCAAUGGUAGUUCAGGUAACCGGUCAAACGGGAGUGGCCCCAAUCAGCAGGCAAACGGUAGUGGACGCAACCAGAAAGCUGGCGGGAGUGGUCGUAGCCAAGGAAGCGGAAGUGGAAGUGGAAGGCAAAAACAUGAGGGAGGGGGCACAAAAGGGGCCAGUGAUGGGCCGAUGGUCACACUCUAGUGGCAUCCAUUCGGUUUCAUACAAACAAUGGUUGUGUCCCCUUAGAGAAAGCAAUGUGUAAGCUUCGAAUGGAAAUGUGAAAUAUACAUGAAAUUGCAUAAGUUAAAGAAACCAGUAUUUGAUUAUAUCAUUACUCAUUAGAUAACAUUUGUUUGUAUUUAACGUUGUUUGAAAAUUAUUAAAUGAUAGAAUUUGAAAAAAAAUUCAAUGGUUAACACAGUUCCUUAAAUUUAUUUAAAACUUAAAUUUUGAUUGACAGUCAUUGGAUACAAUUCCUGUGAUGUUACUUGAUUGAGAAAUAACAAUGAGGUGAUUUUCUUCCUUGACCUUAAUCAAUGUGUCUUUAUUGGAAAAUAGUAUUAGAGAUAGAAAUAUGCUUUUUCAUUUGUAUUGAGUUGCUAUGCAAGUAUUUUUGUAUCCGAAAUAUGGACCAAUUUUGUAAUUAUUCCAAGACUUUUGUCAAUUUACUCCGUUGUAACAUAUCUUGAUUAUGAAUGUGUUGUGUCUUGCAAUUGUUGUAAAUAAAUAAGUCUUCAUGUAGUAAGGUGUGCACAGAUUGCAUGUAUUAAUGAUAUAAAUUAUAAGCAUUAUUUACACUGUGUACAUGUAUGAAAAUAUUUUGCUUUUUGGCUAACAUUUGAUUUGGCUAGGGUUACCUUCAACUAAGUUUAAACAUUUGUAAAAAGGUUAAAUGAGGUUCUCUUCCAUUUGCGAUGUAGAUUAUAUCUUUAAUAAAAGACGUACUUCUCAAAAUAGUUGUAAUGAAAAGAUAUUUCAAACUAUCAAGUAGUUAUAUUUAAGUAAUGAUCAUUAUUGGUAAAAGUAAGUAAAAUCCACAUUGAAGAAAAAUACCAUGGCAAUUUUUGCACCAGCAAACAACAGAAAGAAAAAGAGUAGCAACGUAAACUUUAUGCUCUAGCUAAAUCAUUUGACAAUUAUCAAUUAUUGCUUUUAUACAAAAGUGUUUUUAACCACAUCUGGUGAGGUACAUAUUUGCUUUUUGUAAGGGGAUAACAGACAUAUAUAUUUUUUGCCUGUACUCUUUUUAGUUUGCGCACAUUUAUGUAACUUUAGUAAUGGACUUGUACCAAUCACUAUUCACCAGGUUCCAGGUUGUUCUAUUGUAAAGAAAUCCACACGAUCAUGAUUUAAAGUCACCUUUGAGUAUUGACUACGCAGCCUUUAUUUUAUAUCAUGUUUUCAGUCCAUCGAAUCAUUCCAGAUAAUAACAUCUUUCCUUUGAGUCUGACAGCAUUUAAUUGAUUUGUUCCAUAUUCAGUGGCUUAAACUUUGAUAUUAUUUUAUGAGUAGAAAAAAACUGAUGGUAAAGCCCAUAUAAAACCAAAAACAUUGUUUGGAGGAAUUAUUUCAUGAUUAAGCGUCUUCCAAAACAAUUGUGCAUAUGUGAAGUUUAUAGUUUAAAUUAAAUUAAAAAACAAUGUUGGGUUAAUGCCAGAAAGCUACCAAGCGACAUUGAAAUAUAGAAGGUUUUGGAACCUUAUGGCGUUAAACCCACAAAUUAUAUUCCUAAAAACAUCAUGUAUGUGAUCUCUUUUUAUGGUGCUUGGCAGUUUAGUUGCUAAUGUACUUGUAUCAGGUGUUGCCAGCAGAUGAAAGAAAUGUCUUAAAAUCAGAUUAUACAUGACUAAAAGUCAGUAAUACAUUUCUUGCCUUUAUUCGAUAUAUUAAACAGCCAUAUUUUAGAAAAAAUUAGGCAAAAAUAGCAGACUUAUUUCAAUAAUUGGUCUCCUAUGAAUAAUUAUAUCCUACACUGAAACUAAAUAGUUAUAGCACAUUAUUUGGGCAGAAUUCACAUGUUCAGUCUAUGGCAAGUGUCGAAUAGAUUUUUCAUCAUAUAACACAUUCGUAUAUAAGCAAAAAAUAGGGGAAUCUCAUCGUAGAGCGCCAGUAAUUGACUAGAAGUAUUGCAUAUUAAAGGUAUUGACAUUUAUCAUUUGGCAUCACCAAAUUAGACAAUUUUGGAAAAACUUGUAGUCAGAUUCUCAAAUGGUUACCUUUUCAUUUCUUAACUUUCUUAUGCAUGUAUGUGAUAAAGAUAUCCUGAGUUUGCAUUUUUGAUUGUCAAGAUUGUACUUGGCAAACUUUCUUUCAUUAGUUUUACACAUUUUAAAUUUCAUUCCACUCUGUAAUGAAUGUGUCUAUGUGAAUAUUUUUAUAAAAAAUAUAUAUUUAGCUGUAAAUACACAUGAUGCUUGUAUAGCAGUACAUAAGAUUGUGAAUUGUAUUUAGUAAAUAACUAGUCUUUUAUUUGCAGAAGUGUGCAUAGUUUUAAUCCUGUACAUUUAUUUCAAUGUACAGGAAUGAAGCGGAUGUUUUACUGUUUUACAUGUACCAUUUUGGUUACUACGGUUACAAUGGUUGUUGAGCAACAUAAUCAUGUGUAUUCAGAAUUUAUAAACUUGCCAUUUACUUAUUAGUAAUUUAUGUUAUUAUACACAUGUAUAUACCUAUUAUUUAAAAAAAAUUCAAACCACUAUGAAAUUACUGUCAGCCUUAAUCAUUGCAUGAACAUUUUCAUUUGCCACAAAUAUCAACAUUGAACAUCAGUAGUAAAACAUAUAAUAUUCAAAUAUACAAGAGGAAAAAAGUAACUGUGUAUGUAAGACAUACGUGUUCUUAAAUUUACUAAGAAAUAUGACCAUUUAAAGAUGAUUACCAUGCUGUAAUACCAGAGUUGCUUUGCUAAGUUAAGUAUUUAAGAAGAUUGGUAAUUGCCAAACGUCUUAAGUUCAUUUUAGACAAAUCGCUUACCAUGCACAGUUACUUCCUCUUAGAUAAUAAUAUGGUGUGUAGCGGGUGAUUUUCACACACUUUUUUGUGAUUUGUAAAUGAAAAUAUUGAGCCAAACUAUUUUUUUAAAGGAAGGAUCAAUUAUCACGACUUCACUUAAGCAAACAUACAUUUGCAAAUACAUAUAUGUGCCUUUCUGUGUUUGUAUUUUUGUUUCCAUGAAAUAUAAUUUUAGCUAAAUCUUACACUUUUUAACUUUUUUUUAAUUCACCAGUUGUGAUUUUUGCUAACCUAAGUGUUGUGUAUUUUUUCUACAAAGUCUUACAUAUCACUUACCUAGACAUUCCUUAUUUUAGUUGCAAUCUAUACUGAUAUUUAAUUGUACCAUACAUGUAGAAACAAUCAUGUUUACCAGACUUUUACAUUAAUAAUUGACUGAUAAGUGUGAGAUUAUUUGAUUAUUUAAAAUCGUUCAGCUAUUUUUCAAUUAUUGCAGUCAGUUUUGAAAUAACAGUGUGAUUGCAUGAGUUUACUAACAUGAAGUACCGGUAUUAUCAAACAAAAAAUAGACCUUUUUAAUUAAAUAAAACAAAAUUGCUUAUCUCGCGGAGUCAAAUUUUAGUACUAAUGAGUGCUGUCUCUUUCAUUUCAGUUUUCUUUAAAGUGCUAAGGGGUUGGUUCAUCAGUUAAUGUUAAAUAUAAAUCACUGCUGUCAAGCAUAUAACUAUUUUGUUAUUUCCAACUUUGACAAAGAUGUUCAGUUUCGUUUAAUGGUUAAUAGCUGUAAACUUGAAAUAUACCAGAUUCAACUGAGUAAAGCUCAGUUACUGUAGAAAUUGACAUAGGUAUUGAAAUAUGGUUAACAAAGUAAAUGAUUUAAGGUUUAAAGUGUGGAAAUAUCACAAUAUUCUGCUGUGAUGGGUGAUGUAAUGUAUUAUUCAUAUAGUCUUAAUUAUUCUGUACAUUUGUAUGAAAAUAACAUAAUAAUGAAUAUUUUUAACUUUACUAUUAUCUAAAUACAUUCUUUAGUGAUUUAUUUUAUUAUGCAAUAAACUAUUAUGUAUGACA